UCCCCUGCACAUUGCAAGAGUCCUCUUUCGGUUCGACCCGGUCCAAUCUGCUGGAUUCGCAGGAUCCAUGCUUUCACUUCACACUUUAACUGCCUCUACCUUAUAAGCCUGGUCGGCUGCAGUCGCACCUCCAUUGUUUUGAGAAAUCUCCACGAUCACAGCAUUGAAUACUCAGAAUAAGCUAAAUAGAAAUAUUGCCCCGUUUUCCUCUGAAAUGGGGCUGCAUCUGCUGGGUGUCAGGGUGGAAAUGGCGUGUCGAAGAAGUGGGAAUGGAUUGGGGAUCCUGCUGAUAUUCUUACUGGAUUUACUGGCGACGACGGCCAGCAAUAUGGAGCCCAUCUACUGGAAUUCCCUGAACGAAAGGUUCAGGGACGAUAAGGGCUACGUUCUGUACCCUCAGAUCGGGGACCGGCUGGACCUCAUCUGCCCUCCGCUGGACAUGGCCAGGUCCACGCCGGAGUACGAGUUCUACAAGCUCUACCUGGUGUCGGUGCGGGAUCAGGCGGACCGCUGCGAGGUGACCGGCCCCCCCAACAUUGUGCUGACCUGCGACGAGCCCACCCGCGAGCGUCGCUUCACCAUCAAGUUCCAGGAGUUCUCGCCCAACCUCUGGGGCCACGAGUUCAAGAGCAUGCACGACUACUACAUCAUCGCUACGUCAGAUGGGACGCGUCAAGGCCUGGAUAGCAUGAGAGGCGGAGUGUGUGCCACGCAAGGCAUGAAGGUGGUCCUGAAAGUGGGACAGAGCCAAUAUGGGCUGCCCCCGAAGAAGGAGCCGCCAGCAGGACGUACCACCAGCAGAAAUCCAGGCGGAGCGGGGAACUCCACCCAGUCCCGGGGAACGAACAGCUUCGGGGGUGAGGGCGGUGGCGAGAACGGGCCCCUUCAGCCCUCCAACAUCGCCCUCAUCGCCGGCGCAGCGGGAGGCUCGGCCUUCCUGCUGCUGGUGACGGCCGUGAUCUGCGUGGUGUGCUACAGGCGGAGGCACGCCAAGCACUCGGACACCCACCACCCGCCGCUGUCGCUGUCCUCACUCACCAGCCCCAAGAGAGGAGGGGGCGGGGGCCUCGGCAGCUCCAACAACAACGGCUCUGAGCCCAGCGACAUCAUCAUCCCCCUGCGGACGUCAGACUCAGCCUACUGCCCGCACUACGAGAAGGUGAGCGGAGACUACGGACACCCCGUCUACAUCGUCCAGGAGAUGCCUCCCCAGAGCCCAGCCAACAUCUACUACAAAGUAUGAGACGGCCGCCGCUCCGGCCGACUGGACACAUCCACCUCCCUCUAACCAUUACCAACCAAUCCCCCGCUCCAAAUGAAGCCACAGCAAAGCUCGCCAUCACAGCUCAAAACCUGAACCCCUCAAUACUACCAGUAUUGUCCCAUAAUGCCCCCACCACCACCCUUCACUGCCCUGACAGCCCGGCCACAGUUGUGUUCCUAGCUGAAUAUCCCUCCCCACCCGAUUCUCACACACUGGGCUACAAAGUGUGUGUUAAGGGCAGAGUCGCACAUUGGUACAUAGCCCUUCUUAACAAGGCCCUCACGAAUGGGCAAGAGCCUCUGAGUGCCCCCUUCUUGUUAACUCAGAGCUGAACCAGACCCACACGUGCUGAAUUGAAGAGUCGUCCCCGUAACGCCAGCGUGUGUUAGUUUGUGUGGCAACACACUUUGUUUCUAGGAGGAUGGACCUGGCGUUGGGACUUGCGAUGUUUUACAAAACAAAAAAAAAGAGAAAUAAUAGGACUACAACAAAAGAAAAACUACACCCUUGAUCCCACUUAGCGCCGGAGAACUCUGAUUCCCAGAGGCCAUACCUGCCUAGCCCACCGGCCCCACCCCUCAGAGCUCCAUCAGCCAACCAGAGACCGGCCCCUGCCACUAACUCACCAAUAGCAUUCUAGUUUGUUUGUGAUUGUUUCUCCUGAGAAAAAUAGGGGCCUCGGACUCACCCAAUCAGCAAGGCCAAGCGGCGGUCACAUGACCCAGGCCUGAGCCUGAGGAGGUCUGACCAAUCGGUGACACUCAGAAUCUUGUAUAUUUUAAUAAUGUGUGUGUGUGUGUGACUGUGCGAGUGUGCAUACACAUUGGAUAAUAAUUAUGGCGCUGCUGCUCCACAUUAGACGUGUGUGUGCGGUUAGUGUGCUUCAGUACAGCCAAUUUUGCAUAUGAGUUUGCAUAUGCGCGCGUGGGGUUCAGUUUGUGUGUGCGUGUGCGCUUUGUGUGUGAGUGACUGUGCGUACGCGUGCGUUCUUUAGACUUGUCUUAAAUACCAAAACACAAAAUAGUGAGCGAAUAUCAAAAAAGUGAAAUUUUUUAUCGCUAUCAACACUUAUAGAUUAUAUAUAUGAAUAUCCAGUAAAUAAUUUCUAGAUGUUUUUUUCUGUUUUCUAUUGUUUUAUUAUUUUUACCCACUCUGUUAAACUACACUUCUGUUGCUAGACAUUUUUUUAUCUGCUGUUUUUGUUUUUCACAACUUAGAACGACCUUGUUUCCUUCCUUUUCCCUUUGCGUUGAUAUUAAUUUAAUCUCUUUUUUUUUUAAUUCUCCCAGCGAACAGAGGUUGUGUCUCUCUUCCUCUCUUCCCUCUCCCAUUCACUCCCUCCCUCCCUUUUUCUCCUCCCCCUCCCACCCCCUCUAGGGUCUCUGAACUCUGUGUAUAUUUUUAUAGCUCCUUGUACUAUGCUGUAGUUUUGAAGUUUAGACCUCGUUUGUGGAAGUGUUGAGGUAGAAACCAUCUAUGAAAGUUUUGUUUUUUUUCAAACGCUUUUUUUGAAACGCAGAAGUGAAA